AUGACGACUCAAGAUCAAGUCGUCACUAAUAAUGUGGUUGCCCAAGUAAAACUUGGAGUUGGACCUCAACCUAAUGCAAGUACAAUCGCUUCUAGAAUUCAUGAUUUCAUGAGGAUGAACUCUCCUACUUUCCAUGGCACUAAUAUGAAUGAAGAUCCACAAGGCUUUAUAUAUGAGGUAUUCAAAGUUGUGGAUGCUAUGAGUGUUACUCCUAAAGAGCAAGCGGAAUUAGUUGCUUACCAACUAAAAGAUGGGUUCAAGCUCAUGGUGUAUACUCAACAAAUUGAGGAAUCCAAAUUGAGGGAGAUGCAUAGUGAUGGAAAGAGGCCUAGGUCGGAUGAACCAAGUCAACCAAAAAUUAAGAAAAGGUUCUACAAUCCAGAAUCUCCCGUGGGGAACAAUUAUAGGGUGUCCAACAAAAAUUCUCAAGGUGGUGGUUAUGCUUUUGAGAGGCCUAGGUGUACUAGUUGUUGGAAACAACACUUAGGUAGGUGUCUUGCCGGCACUUAUGGUUGCUUUGAAUGUGGUAAUACUGGUCAUAAGAUGAGAGAUUUCCCUUGUCUCAAGGAAACGGGGAAAGAGGUCAACCAAUCUCCUCAUGGUGGUCUGGAUCCCAACUCCAAAGACGAAUCAUUUCUAUGCACUCGGAGCUAA